GGCGGCCGGUUGUGCCGGGCCCUGGCGGGGGGGCGGCACCGCCAGCAGCCGGAGGCCGCUCGUCCCGCUCCUGUAGCAGAGGCGGGCCGGCGGGCACACCGAGCCCCGCUCCCCGGACCCGGCCGUGCGCCUCGGCGGCCCGUGGCGACAUGUCUCGGGAGCCCGGCUGCAAGCGCUGGCUCCUCGCUGCAUGCGCUCACCUCUUCUUCCUUCUCCCGCUGCUCCGCACCCGGGCUUUUGCUGUAAUUCCUGAAGGUGCAGAAGAUGAGAUGGAAUUACCAGUGCUGCAGAAGUCUAAAAAAAGUGGAACAAUUAGUAAAAUAAGCGGAGAAUUAAAAGAAAUAGUAUUUAUCAUCCAGAGUCAAAGUAAUUCUUUCCAUUCCAAGAGAGCAGAAGAUCUGAAAAGAGAUAUUUUAAAACAGGCUGCAGAUCUUGGAAAGGAAUUACCUACAGUUCUGCUUAUUCAUCAGAUGAACGGGCAUGAAGGUGCAUGGACAAUAUUACCCUUAAUGAGAGACUUCUCUGUUACCUAUGGUAGGAACUCCUCAUGGAUUUUCUUCUGUGAAGAAGAUACAAGAAUACAAGUUGCAAAGCUGAUAGAAACACUUGGAAGAUUUGACAGCUCUAAGGAGUGGUUUUUAGGUAAAGCACUAUAUGAUGAAGAAUCUACAAUAAUUCACCAUUAUGCCUUUGCUGAAAAUCCUACAGUCUUUAAAUUUCCAGAUUUUGCUGCUGGUUGGGCACUUAGCAUUCCCCUUGUUAACAAGCUUGCAAAGAAGUUGAAAAGUGAACCCCUCAAGUCAGACUUCACAAUAGAUUUAAAGCAUGAGAUUGCCCUGUAUAUUUGGCAAAAAGGGGAAGGACCACAUCUUACUCCAGUGCCUGAGUUCUGCACAGAUGAUGUGAACUCAUAUAAAGUUGAUCAUUGUGCAACAACAUUCAGUAAUUUUCUGCCACUUUGUGGAGAGCCAGUGAAAAAAGAAGAUGUUUUUGUUGCUGUAAAAACAUGCCAGAAAUUUCAUGGUGACAGAAUACCAGUUGUAAAGCAGACUUGGGAAAGAGAAGCUGCCCUUAUUGAAUACUACAGUGAUUAUGCAGACAUCUCCAUUCCUACUAUAGAUUUAGGCAUACCUAAUACUGACAGAGGUCAUUGUGGGAAAACUUUUGCUAUUUUGGAAAGGUUUUUGAAUCAUAGCUCUUCCAGAACUCCUUGGUUAGUCAUAGUGGAUGAUGACACACUGAUAAGUAUCUUCAGGCUCCGAAAAUUGCUCAGCUGCUAUGACCCAAAUGAACCAGUAUUUCUUGGAGAGCGGUACGGUUAUGGCUUGGGAACAGGAGGAUAUAGUUACAUCACUGGUGGAGGAGGGAUGAUUUUCAGCAGAAUAGCUGUUCAGAAACUACUUGCUAGUAAAUGCCGGUGUUACAGCAUGGAUGCGCCUGAUGAUAUGGUCCUUGGGAUGUGUUUCAGUGGCUUGGGAAUCCCUAUAACACAUAGUCCACUUUUCCAUCAGGCAAGGCCAAUGGACUACCCAAAAGGCUACCUUUCUCACCAAAUUCCAGUAUCAUUUCACAAGCAUUGGAAUAUUGAUCCAGUGAAGGUGUAUUUCACAUGGCUGGCACCAAACACAGAAGAGUCACUUAAUGGAAAGAAAGUUGGAUAUAACAGAGAGGAUUUAUAAGCAGUAGAAUGUAAAUGUUGAUGGAUGUACUGCAGAGAAGACACUGCUGUGAUUUUUGUGGUGGUCUCACAUUGUUCAUCUGUUCAUGAUACAGAAUACAAGGUUUGUUCCUGUUAGUUAUAUUCCUUAGAGCAAUGGGAGAAGGCACCUAAUUGACUCUUUUGUCACACUUCUUUUCUUUUUAAAAUGUUUUGGGGUUUUGUAUACCAAUGAGCUUGAAACAUUUAAAAUGUCUCAUACAACUUUGUUUUGGUUUGGGCUUCAAGUCAGGCAGCAUCGAUUUACAUCUCCUUCCUUUGUUUUCUCAAAAGCUGAAGUUAUGUGUUUGGGAGCCUAAUACUGAAUAUGUGUGGAGUAUCUAUUGAACAUCACCUACAUUGACCUACAGAAAACAGUGCUCAGAAAAGCUGUUCUGGAACAGGUUCUUGGUGAUAAAUCAGAGAGGAGACAUGACUUUGUUUCAGUGACCAGGAGCUAGCUAUGAUUGUGUGAAGGCUAUGUUCCUUUAUACUCAUUUCAGAUGCAAGUACUGACGUUUCCUGGGAUUGGUGGACCAAGCAGGAACCACUGUUUUUAAGUUUAUUAGCGUUUGUGAGGAAUUUCAUGUUCAAAAUGGAGAAACAGGAUUUCUUAAGUGGCCACGGGAGGUCACUGUGGCUCCUUUAGAAACCUAAGUCACUAUAUCUGUUUGGCAAGUACAAAUGUGAUUCUAAAGGAUUAUUGCAGAACUAACACUUCAGUAUUUCUGAUGUGUGCAUUUCAAUAGCAUAUGGAUGCCAGCUUUAAAAAGUUUGUAGUAUUUCUAAUUUAUAUCAUCAAGGUAAGCAAUUUCAUGCAUACAUGUAAAGAGUGAUUCAAUUCAUAUUUAAAAUACUUUUGAUUUUUUGUUUCUUUGAAUACUUCAGUUUUGUAAAAAUGUUUGUACAAAAACUGGCUUUAGUAUGUUCUAAACUAAUUUUUAUAUUGUAGAACUCCUCCUUUUGAGAUGACAGUAUAUGGCACUUGUAUGCUGUUAUUUAACUUUGCUUGCUAUAUUGUAACCAAAAUACAGGGUCUUAAAGCCAUACUGCUGAAGUAAUUUGUGGUUUGUUUUCUUUUAGUAAGCUACAACCUGAUUCCACUCCAAAGUAAUGCAAUACUUGCUCUUAAGCUGAAGUAGGGGAGCCACUGAUUCCUGUGUUUCAGUAAUUACUGAAGUUGUAUAAACAUAUGUUUGUGAAUGUAGCUUGUGGAAUUUUAAGCAUUUGAAUAGCAAGCACAUGUUUGUAACAGAUUCAGAUUCUGAUUAAAUAGGAGCAAUCCGUGUUAUGUCUUUUUUCAUCCCACUACCAGUGCCUUAACAGUAGACAUUUUACUGACCCCAGGACUGUGUUCUCCGGUACUGUGGGUGAAUUGUUAAUUAUGUUUACUGUUUAGAACUGUGAGAGCUGAAAGCUGAAUAAAAGCAUUCUUCUUUAA